GAAAUUUUUGAAUCAAAUGGAAUCUCCACCUCCAUAGGACCAUAGCCCUUCGUAUAUUAAUUGGUGGCCUCAAAACCCCUAAAAAUUUCUACAAAAUCCUCACUUGGAUAAUCAUUUCUGGCAGAAUCCUGUUUGGUUCCCGGGAAAAUUGAGCUGCAGAAAAAGGCGAUAUAGCUUUGUGAUGGUUCAAGUUCUGCGACCAUGCUGAUGGUGUAUGCUUCAGGAGUUAUUACAUAUUCAGAUUCUGCUCAUAAUUUUCUACAGCAUGAGGCAUCAUUACCCUGCAAGACUACCCAUGUGAAUUUCUUGAACAAAAUCUCACUUUGUAUUAACCCAAUUGGAGCUCCUUGUAACUCUACACCCUCUGCUUCUUACUUUUCGUGGAGAAGUCGAAAUCAGCUAAACAGCCCCAAGAAAUGGCUGUGCCGGAUGCAGGAUUCGAUUCCAUCAGACGAUGAGUAUCGAUCAUCGCGCAACAUAGCUAUCAGUUUAUUUAGGCGGUACAGGAAUGUGGUCGACCGUGGAGGAGGUGCCAACCUAAAAGAGUUCAUCAGUGCUGGGGUGAAUGCAUAUGCACUGGGGUGCUCUGACGAGGGAUUAAGAAAAGAACUUGUUGAUAUGAAGGAAUCUGGUGUUGAAAUUGAAGGAAUGCACAGCUAUGGUGGAACUACCAGUUUGAAAUCCAAGAUUGCAUCAGAGGAGGUUGAUGAGUGCAUUCUGUGGUUGAGCAUUAUAUUCAUCACCAUAUUGUGUACGCCACAGCCAACAAUAGUUAGAUGGUCAUCCACACCUCCAGUGUCGGACGAAGAAAGACUCAAAUGGAAAGGCUUUUGUGCCCUCAUAGCAAAUGCGUAUUACGUGAGAGGAAUGGCAUGGCUUCCGGUAAAGACACUUCAGCUAGAGCAAAUGGCAGUGGUUGGACAAGCCGAGGAACCAUCAGUUGUUGCAAGUCGAAUGCGAUUAGUUUUUAGCACGCUUGAGGUUGUGAGUCCACAAUGGCCUAGAGUAUAGCGGUUCGGUUUCAAGAACAGCUUAUAUGCUGACUGUACUUUACAUUUGUGGUAUGUAAAUCUGUAUAGCCCAAAUAUUUUACACCUUAGAAGGGAAAAACAGAGGGAAAUACUAUAGCCUCAUGUUCGAAUUUUACUUAUGAAUGUGAAGAAUGUCACUGUUUUUGUUCAA